AGCGGAGCCUGCGGAAGGUGGCGGCGGCGGCAGCACCUGCGAGCGGAGGCCGAGGUGGGGUAUGGCGGCGCCCACGGCCCUGUGAGAGCUCCUCGGCCGCGGGGCCCGCCAUGCGCCGGCGGCCCUGACAUGGGCGCCAGCGGCUCCAAAGCGCGGGGCCUGUGGCCCUUCGCCUCGGCGGCGGGGGGCGGCGGCCCGGAGGCGGCGGUCUCGGAGCAAGCUUUGGUGCGGCCUCGAGGCCGAGUCGUGCCCCCCUUCGUGUUCACGCGCCGCGGCUCCAUGUUCUAUGACGAGGAUGGGGAUCUGGCUCACGAGUUCUAUGAGGAGACAAUCGUCACCAAGAACGGGCAGAAGCGGGCCAAGCUGAGGCGGGUGCAUAAGAACUUGAUUCCUCAGGGCAUCGUGAAGUUGGAUCCCCCCCGCAUCCACGUGGAUUUCCCUGUGAUCCUCUAUGAGGUGUGAGCCUGAAGGGUGACAGGCAUAAGCACCCCUGGCCCCAACAAGAAACCCCCCAGGCUCAAGGUGUGGCUUCCAUUGAGGAACCUAGGCUGGGGCCACAACCCUGAAUAAACUACAUUGGCCUGGAACCUUCAGCUGUGAGCAGGACAGUCCUGCAAUGUUGGUUGGGUAUUGGUUUGUAUGUGGACAAGAGGUGGCUGGUAGCUGGCGAGAGCUAAUGGCGGAGUUACCAACUCACCUUCUCCAGCAAUCCUUAAAAGGAGCAUGCAGGGCAUAUACUGGUCAGGACUGCCUGGUUCCUGGGCCCACUUCUGGCCUGCUUUCUUCCAAACUUGCCUACGGCCCAGCCCUGCUAGGGGCUACAGCACUUUACAAGCAAGGUCUGCCUUCUUCCAGCCCCUGGGCUGUGGGAGUUGUAAUCAAGUGGGAACUUCCUUUCCCUCAUUUCCCUUACCCCCCUGUCAGAGCAUUUCAGCCGUUUGCUACCUCGAUUCCUUCUGUGUUGGACAGAGACUGGGGGCAGCACAAGCCUGAUUCUACCUGCCUACCUGCCCAUCUGCUCCCACCCCAGAUGGAUGGACAGUUUACUGGCUAUUAACAGGAGUAGGGAUUGGUGUCAGAGACUUCUCUCUCCAACCUGGGCUGUUCUGAUACUGCAACUUCUUGUUGCACCCACCCCUCACCCCCUGCGCCAAGUGAGAGGGCAUAGGACAGGAUCAAGAAGGGCUGUGGAUGCCUGUGCCUAUGGGGAAUUGCUCCCGCCUGCCUACUCUAAUCUCCCUUGCCUUUGCAUUAGCGCCCCCACCGCCACGAGAGACCAUCGGCCAUCCUACAGUUAGGGACAGCAUCCUAGGGCUGGUGCCAAUAACUGAGGAGCCCAAUGCCCCUUCCCCUAUAGUAUCCUCACCCCUUCAGAAUCAGUCAAGGGAAAGUACUGGAGCCCCUGGGUAGGGACAGAAAGGCAAGAGCAACCAUAAAAGGAAUGCUAAAAUGUGAAAGUCUGUAAGUAGUCUAGUCUAUGAUGUUGGGGCAGAGUCUGAUUUCUCCAUAGAAAUGACUUUAAAAUUCCUUACUGUGCAAGCUCUAUGCUUCAAGAGUGUGGGAAUGGCUUGGGGAGGGUGGCCCCUAUUCUAGAAAGGCUGUUGUAUUAUUUGUUCAGUUUCAAUAAAAUUAUUUGUAGACCCUGCAUGUAAGAGUGGUACCUUCUGGGGCUGUGACACCUGGUGUCUAGACUACCUGUGCUCACUAGGUAGACCUGGGUCCAGAACUCUGGUGCCUCCCAUCUCCAGCAAGGACCAGCCAGAGUAAGCCUGAGCCCAGCCUGUGACCUUCCCAGCCAUGACCAGCAGGUGGCAGUAUAUUCACACAGACCUCACAGCAGAGCCCCUCAGAUGGGGGCCACUCGCUUGUCUGUUGUGUACAAUAUAGGUGGUGACAGCUGGAAUUGGAAGGACUUCAGGUGAUUCACUAGGGCCCCACCUGUCUGAACUGAGGUGAAAAUGUGGCCUCAGAUAGGCCUCCAGCAGUGCCAGCUGACCCUACAUUGUCACAGCAUGAGCCUCAUGGACCUCCAAGGCCCUGCUUUAGGUGGACAGCAGACACAUGGGUGCCACCAUGUCCUUGGCUUACUGCCAGACUCAGCACCCCAAGCCCACCUGCCCCCCAGAUCUGCCUGAGACCACCACCAGUAGAGCAGACUUGGGGCUUCUGUUUUAGCAGGCAGAGCUCAGCUGUGUAAUCCUUAUUCUGUUCCCUGCUGCUGUCUUCUCACCUGCAUUCUCCCACCCUGCCCGCACCCCCUCCAGUGGCCAUUCAGCCUACACUUUUGAUCUUGCUAUGAGGCAGGUUCUCUGCUAAGCUUAGCUCUUGGCCAUCAGCCCGACUCCCAGUUAGGGAAGAGGGACAGAGGCUUCUGGGUUUGAGAAGUUGCCCUGCCAGUCCUUUGGAGGCUUCAAUUUGUCAAGGCCAGAGCAGGAUCACCCUUUGCA